AUGGGAUUUAAUGGAGGAUUCAAUAUGGGACAGCUACCUCCAAAUUCUCCUCCCGGAAGCCGUCCUGGCAGUCCAUUCGGCGAAAUCAUGGGCAAUAUUGGUGGAAUGAUGAAAGGGUUAACCGACCAAAUCGGUAAAAUAACACAAGGACUCGAUGUGAAUAAUGACUUGGGAAAAAUGGCGGGAGGACCACCGCCGCCGCAAAAUGAAUGGAUGGAACACGCGAGAAGGUUUUGUAGAAGAUUCCCAGGUCAUCCCAAAUGUCGAUAUAAUGAAGCAGAACAUGUGUGGAUUUACAGCGGACAGCUUCCACAGUUCAAUGAUAUUGGCUCAAUGCUUAAUGGAAUAUUGGCGGAUACUGGAAAAUGGUUACCGAAAGUUCCUUUCAUCAAUAUUAGAGACCCACUGGCAGGAAUUAACAACGACUUGAGAAAUGCUCUUGCUGGUAUUUCGGUGCAAUUUGGUCAAAUCAGUCAACAAAUCGCAAAUAAUAUUAAGAAUAUUUGCCAACGUGUCAAUUGUAAGCAACAACUACAAAAGAAUGUUCAAAUGAAACAAGAUAUUCUAAAAUCUACGGUUGCAUUUGAGAAGAAGAUUUUUGGAAAUGAUGUUGCUGAUAAAAUGAAUAUGAGAUUUGAUAGAACACUACAACUGAAACAAGCUUUAUUGGAAAAAGCUCAACUGAAAGGAGUGGUGGCUCCAGAAGAUAACGGAGUGUUCGACAAGGAUCUUCUCCUUACGGAAACCCAAGCUAACUUUAUGCUCAAUGAGUUGGGAAAAGGAGGAGAAGGAGCGAUUCCACUACCAGGAUCAGCAAAAGCUAAACGAGCUUCCAUCUUUUUCGAACAAAAUAUAAUCCAAAAAUGGCCAAUAACCGCUCCAAUUCCAUACACAUUUGACUCGUCACUAGAUAAUUUGGAUCAGAAUGAUGUGCGAGGAGCUAUUUCAGAAAUCGAGCAGAAAACAUGCAUUCGUUUCAAGUAUUAUGCAACUCCGCCGAGAGGGAAUCACAUUAACUAUCAGAAAGUAAAUUCUCCAUCUUUUUGUGGAUUAUCUUACAUUGGAAGAGUUGAGCCAGCUAAUCCAGUGUAUUUGAGUUUCCAAUGUGGGAAUGGAAGAGGUAUUGCAGUCCAUGAAACGAUGCAUGCUUUAGGAGUGAAUCAUCAACAUUUGAGAAUGGAUAGGGACAAGCAUAUCCGAAUUGACUGGAGCAACAUUAACCCCCAACAGUAUGACGCUUUUGUUGUCGCCGAUUCGAAGAUGUAUACCACUUAUGGUGUCAAAUAUGCUUAUGACAGUAUAAUGCAUUACAAUGCCUAUACCGCUGCAGUGAAUAUUGCAAAACCGACAAUGAUUCCUUUGGUCAACCAGCAAUCAAACAUUGGAUUACUUGGACAACGUGCCAAAAUGAGUGUUGCGGAUGUGGAAAUACUUAACAAAAUGUAUUGCAAAGCUGCUGGAUGCGACGAUAAGAAUGUUUACUGUGGAGCUUGGGCCCUUCAAGAUCUUUGUAAUAAUCCAAACCACAACGUUUGGAUGAGAAGUAACUGCCGGAAGAGUUGUAAUUUCUGUUGA